CCGCCAUUGAAAAAAACAGAAGAGUUCACCACUGCUUCCUGCAACCAACAACGGCGUGCAGUCGUGGUUAGCGCUCAUACAACAUACAAAUGAGUUUACCGCUGAAUCCCAAACCGUUCCUGAAUGGUCUAACUGGCAAGCCCGUGAUGGUGAAGCUGAAGUGGGGUAUGGAAUACAAAGGAUACCUGGUGUCCGUGGACAGCUACAUGAACAUGCAGUUGGCCAACACUGAAGAGUAUGUGGAUGGAGCAUUGGCUGGACACCUAGGAGAGGUGCUUGUCAGAUGCAACAAUGUCUUGUUCAUAAGAGGAGUAGAAGAGGAGGAGGAGGAUGGUGAAAUGAAAGACGCUUGAAAACUGAAUGCUACAGCAGGCUUCUUCUACUUUUUCCCCCCACGUUUUUUUGUCCGGGCGCUAAUCUUGUUCACUGAAUUAGUCCUCAUUUUUUUAUGAUAAACAUCUUGUUGUGAAAACAGUUAUGUAUUUUUUAUAUGAUGAUGAACCAAGCUGUUGUGCCCCUCUGGGCACAAAGAUAAUAAAAUUGUGCAUAUUGCACUUUUCAGGAA